GCGAUACAAACACGGCACGCGUCACCCCUGCCGGCAGCGGACGUUGUAGCCCCACCGAUUUUUGCCCCCGCUGCACGAAGUACGCCUUGAAUAUUGCCAUCAGGCUUUUCUGGUGUUGUUGGUGGCACCGAUCGAUUUGGGCGUCGGCGAGCCGUGAAUACCGACGAGAGUUUAGGUCGUCCAGGACGCCACAGGGCUGAUUGCAACCCAAUACAGAUAGAACAAUUCAUAUUGGCUAUUACGUAUCAGCGAAAUUCACGAUGGGGAUGCGGAGAGCGACCCUGGGCUUGCUCAAAAGUGGGCUGCGUGAUGGAUCGGAUGCGCUCCGGAGCCUGAGCACUAGCACGGCGCUGAGCCAGGCGGCAGCUUCUGGAGCCACAAAUGGAUCACGGGAUUUUAUGGGCUGGCUUAAGGGCGGCGCCGCACGCGUCACGACACCGCUGUCGCAGCCCCUCCCAGGCGUGCAGCCAGAGCAGCCUGCGUUCCGGCCGCUGGCGCCACCGCCGACGGAGGUGACGGUGCUGGAGAACGGCGUAAGAAUCAUCAGCGAGGCAUCACCGGGCCCCACCGCAAGCUUAGGCAUGUACAUCAACUCGGGUAGCAUCUACGAGAACGCCAGCAACUCAGGCUGCAGUGCGUUGCUGGAGUGUCUGGGCUUCAAGGCCACACAGCACCGCAACACACUGAGGAUCAUGAAGGAGGUGGAGAAGUUUGGAAACACCAUUGUGGCCAACGCGUCCCGAGAACAGAUGUCCUACACCAUCGACUGCCUGAAGACGGGCUUCCCGGCGGCUCUGGAGCUGCUGCUGGACUGCGUGCUGAACCCGGCGUUUGAGGAGGGCGAGGUGGAGGACCAGAAGGCGCGGCUGGCGGCGCUGCUGGGCGGCAAGGACAUUCACGCCACACUCAUGACGGAGCUCAUGGCUCGCUCCGCCUAUCGCGGGCCCUACGGCAACCCACUCAUCCCCGACCCCGAGGCCAUGGCCGGCAUCACGCCCGACACGCUGCGGGCCUUCACCGCCCGCACCUACAUCGCGCCACACAUGGUGCUGGCGGCGGCGGGCGUGGAGCACAAGGCGCUGGUGGAGCUGGCGGCGCCCAUGCUGGCGGGACUGCCCAAGCUGCCGCCGCUGCCGGAGCCCAAGCCCGACUACAUCGGCGGUGCAGUGCACCUGCCGGGCGCCUACCCGCAGGCCAACCUGCUGUUGGCGUUCGAGUACAAGGGCGGCUGGCGGGACGUGCACGGCGCAGUGGUCAUGACGGUGCUCAACUACCUGCUGGGCGGCGGCAAUUCCUUCUCCAGCGGCGGCCCAGGCAAGGGCAUGCACAGCCGGCUGUACACGCGCGUGCUGAACAAGUACGCGUGGGUGCACUCGUGCGCCUCCUUCAACACCACCUUCAACGAGAGCGGGCUGGUGGGGAUACAGGCCUCAUGCGACCCGCCCCACGUGCACGACAUGCUCCACGUCAUGUGCCACGAGCUCGAGUCCGUAGAGAACGGCACCAACCGCAUCGAGCUGGAGCGCGCCAAGCGGGCGGCGGUGUCUGUCAUCUGCAAUGCGCUCGAGUCCAAAGCCACCAGCGCCGAGGACAUCGGCCGCCAGUACCUCACGUAUGGGCACAGGAUCAGCGGGCGCACAUACGUGGAGAUGCUGGAGGCGGUGACUGCCGACGAUGUGCGCAAGUUCGUGCAGCAGCUGCUGCGCAGCAAGCCUUCGCUGGCAGCCUACGGCGACAACACGCAGUCGCUAGACCCGUCCGUGCUGGCGCGUCGGUACGGGUGACAACUGCAGCUGACGUGGCAGAGGAGGGCCGAGGCGUAGGGGAGGCGGAGGCGGAAGGUCGACGAAUGACGGGAUGAGUGACGGGAUGAGUACGUACGCUGCUGCUAGGCGAGCCGAGCAAGCGUGCGGCGCGGGUGUGCAGUGCCGCAGGUGGUUGGGCAGGCGGCCCCUGCGGGCUUGCGUAGCGGUACACCGCAGGCGGUGGUGCUCUGGCAGUGCGCUGGCUGAACACAAUCUGAUAGUUGGUGCGAGCUGUGCACACGGCUCACAUCAGAAUGCGGCAGCUGUGCCGCAGCGGUUGGCACCGGUGGAAUGCGGGUAACGCGCUGGGACGCGGCUCUCCCUCACAAUCGGUUGCAUAACUAUAAAAUAGCUGGUCCCUCAUACAAUUUUU